UGUACCCUUACUCAUCCCAUCUCCACGCAAACACCUAAACAGAGUUCACAACCUCAUACACAUAGAUUAUACAACUUUUUAGCCGUUUAGUAUAACAAUGACGAACUCGGUGGCUAAUGUUGCACUACUUGGGGUUUGCCUGCAAAUGAUGAGCUUACUUGUGCUGCAAGCCAACGCAAGGGCUUUCCUAGUGUUUGGAGAUUCCCUCGUGGACAAUGGUAACAAUGACUUUCUAGUGACCACUGCUCGUGCCGAUAACUACCCUUACGGUAUCGACUUCCCAACUCACCUUCCCACCGGCAGAUUCUCCAAUGGUCUUAACAUUCCAGAUCUCAUCAGUGAGCAUUUGGGUCAAGCGUCUCCAUUGCCUUACCUGAGUCCUAUGUUGAAGAAAGACAAGCUCCUGAUCGGUGCCAACUUCGCUUCCGCUGGUAUUGGAAUCCUUAACGACACCGGUAUCCAGUUUUUGAACAUAAUUCGGAUCACGAAGCAGUUAGAGUACUUCGAGCAGUACAAAGUACGAGUGAGUGGAUUGGUCGGAGAAGAAGAGAUGGAGCGGCUCGUUAACGGAGCACUUGGUCUAAUAACACUAGGAGGCAACGAUUUCGUCAACAACUACUACUUGGUCCCUUUCUCCGCAAGAUCUCGUCAAUUCUCUCUCCCCGACUACGUUGUCUAUGUCGUUUCUGAGUAUCGCAAAGUUUUACGGAAAAUGUACGAUUUGGGUGCUCGACGUGUCCUGGUGACUGGGACAGGGCCGAUGGGCUGCGUCCCGGCCGAGCUGGCUCAACGUAGCCGCAGCGGCGAGUGUUCUACGGAACUACAACGAGCCGCAUCGCUAUUCAACCCACAGCUUGUUCAGAUGAUCAACGACCUCAACAAUGAAGUUGGAUCUUCGGCUUUCAUUGCCGCUAAUACUCAACAAAUGCACAUGGACUUUAUCAGCGACCCAGAAGCAUAUGGAUUCGUAACGUCAAAGGUGGCGUGUUGUGGACAAGGACCGUAUAAUGGGAUAGGACUAUGCACACCGUUAUCAAAUCUCUGCCCAAACAGAGAUCUCUUCGCCUUUUGGGAUCCUUUUCAUCCAUCAGAGAAAGCAAGUAGAAUCAUUGCUCAACAAAUCCUCAACGGUUCUCCCGAGUACAUGCAUCCCAUGAACCUCAGCACCAUCCUCACCCUUGAUUCCACGACUUAAUCUGUUGUUCAUCUCUCCAUUUCCCACUCUAUGUUUUCUUUUAAUUGUUUGAUCUUCUCUUUAAUUAUGUAUUUCGACAUGGCUGCUUUAAAUAGUUUCCAUGAGUUAUGUUGUGUGUUUUGUCUUCUUUAUCAAUAAUUGAAUCGCCAAUUGUUACUUGAGAA